UAAUGUCUCGACGCGUGGAAUUCGAUUUAUCCACUGAAGAUCACUCUGAUCGUCGUCGCACCAACACCUUUUCUUCUUCAGCCGAUGAGGAUGGAGUUCCAAAUGAGGUCGCCGACUACCUGGUCUACUUUUCCCGCAUGGUUGACGAACAAAAUGUGCCGGAAAUUUUGACUCUCUACGAUCAAGCUUUUCCAGAUCUCACCGAGAGAUUCUUCCGUGAUCGCAUGUGGCCCGAUGAGAAUGUUGUCGAAAGAAUUAUUGGACCUGGCAACAAGUUGUUCAUAAUUCUCUACAAGGAACUCUAUUAUCGCCAGCUGUAUGCAAGAAAUACUCGUGGACCACUCCUUGUCCAUCGCUAUGAGUCGUUCAUGAACUAUCAAGAGUUAUUCUCUGAGCUUCUCUCAAGCAAGGAUCCAAUUCCAUUGUCUCUCCCUAACGUGUGGCUUUGGGAUAUUAUCGACGAAUUCGUCUAUCAAUUCCAGGCAUUCUGUCUCUACAAGGCUAACCCAGGAAAACGCAAUGCUGAUGAAGUUGAAGAUCUCAUCAAUAUCGAAGAAAAUCAGAACGCGUGGAAUAUCUAUCCAGUUCUCAACAUUCUCUAUUCGCUUCUAUCAAAAUCCCAAAUUGUGGAGCAGCUCAAGGCAUUGAAGGAAAAACGCAAUCCGGAUUCGGUCGCCGAUGAAUUCGGUCAAUCGGAUCUCUACUUCAAGCUUGGAUAUUUCGCUCUCAUCGGACUUCUCCGCACUCACGUUCUUCUAGGAGACUAUCAUCAGGCUUUGAAAACCGUGCAAUACGUGGAUAUUGAUCCAAAAGGAAUCUACAAUACAGUUCCAACUUGCCUUGUUACUCUCCAUUACUUUGUUGGAUUUUCUCAUUUGAUGAUGAGAAAUUACGGAGAAGCUACAAAGAUGUUCGUCAAUUGUCUGCUUUAUAUUCAAAGAACAAAGAGUGUUCAAAAUCAGCAGCCAUCGAAAAAGAACUUCCAAUAUGAUGUUAUUGGAAAGACGUGGGAUCAGCUUUUCCAUCUUCUUGCAAUCUGCCUCGCCAUCCAGCCACAAAGAAUCGAUGAAAGCAUUGCUUCUCAGCUUUCGGAGCGAUGUGGUGAGCGUAUGAUGCACAUGGCGAACGGGAAUAUCGAUGAAUUCAGAAAUGCUUUUGCUACUGGAUGUCCAAAGUUCUUGUCUCCAACCACAGUUGUCUAUGAGGGAGUCAACCAAUCGAAAGAACCACUUCUUCGUCAAACUCAAUCUUUCCUGGAAGGUAUUGAAUCACAGAUGGCGUUACCAGUUCUUCGUGGAUACCUGAAACUUUACACAACACUUCCAACUAAGAAGCUUGCGUCGUUCAUGGAUGUUGAUGAUGAGCACUAUGAUUCGUUCAUUGGAAAGCUUCUCACUUACAAGAUGAUCGUCAAUGAGCUUGGCAAAGAAGCCGGACCAUCAUCAGCAGACGACGAUGAGCCACAAACAGAUAUUGACUUUUACGUAGACCGUGAUAUGAUCAAUAUUGCCGAUACCAAAGUUGCUCGUCACGUCGGUGAACAUUUCAUUCGACAUAUUCAGAAGUUGCAAGAGGUUCAGGAUGUGCUCAAACGACUCGAUAUCCAGAAACCAUGAUCCUUAAAAAGUAUUUGAGCUAAACGAAACAUGACUGGUUGAUUUCCGGUUAAUUUCGUUUAGUUUCACACCAACUCCCACUCGUUUGUUAACAUUAUAUCUCUUGUUGAAAAUUAAAAACAUCUCUCCGUUUAUUUAUACCACUUUCUCCUGUUGUUGUCUUUUCGUUUUGGUCCUAAACUUCCUUUUUUUCUCUUAUCUCCCAAUUAUUUUGUAUCCAUGGUUCAUAAUAAGUUUAGUAAAUUUUUUUGGUUUUUCUUAUGAAGUUAAUUUAUGAUUGUUUAUAUUCUACGCUCAUCGCAACUACUUCUCAAUUUUUUCCGAAUAAUUAUUAAUCUC